AUGAAACGAAGUCUAAACCCUUCAAAUUCAAAUAAAAGGUAUAAAUUUGAGAAUUUAAAUAAAAAAUUCAACAACAUCAAUAUUAAGCAGAUUCUUCUUAAAUCUUUGAACGAUUUGGAUUACACUGAUGACAGCGAUCACAACCCUUUUCACACUCGAUUACAGCAGAUUUCUGAAAUUAACUUGCACUACGGCUUCACUUCCUUAUACAAAGAAAUCUACCCUCUCACUCACUCCCUAGAACAAGUUAUUCACUUUAAAUCAAAAAUUAUAUCCUCCAUCUCUUAUCAUUUAUCUGUUAAAUUCGGUGAUGAUCCGUGGAGAUCUUGGAUUGGUAUCUUGGAUUUGAUACCUCCUUUGGCUAGAUCUUUGUCCUCUCUUUUACACCCUCACCUUGAUCAGAUUCUCCCUAUUCUCCUCUCCAUCCCAACAUCUGACAUAGCCCACAACAAUCCUCAACUUUUAGAAAAGAGUUACGUCGUUUUGGCAAACCUCUUGUCUCACCUAUCUAAACACCUCUUAAAGAACAAUGCCGCAAUUGAUAUCUACAACAUUCUCAUCCCUUUCAUCACAAACACCUCUGAACACGCCAAAUGGAUUGCUCAAGCUUGGUCUGCUUUUUUGAGGAGGUGUAAAGGUCCACCGCUUGACUCUUUAUUAACUCACAUGUUGCAAUCUACUUCAAAUUCUCCUCUACUUGAAGAAUCCAUCGCCAUUUCCAUCUCUGAAGCUAUCCAAUCCCCGAAUUACUCUCUACAUUCACGCACACACUCCAUUUUUUCCUUUAUCCUCAAUUAUUCCCUUGAAAACCCCUCCUCAUCCUCCACUAGCAUUACUAUUCGCGUUUUAAUUGCAGCUAUCCACCACAUAAGAGAUCCUGCUCAAUUGAAUCCCAUUUCUGAUGUCAUUGUCAAUGCACUAGACCAAAACACCAAUCAAUCCAACAAUGUCAGCAGCCUCUCAGUUGCAAUGCGGUUUGCUCAGGUUUUAAUGGGUGUACGCAAGGCUACACGAGUUGAUGAAUCUUCGCGCCGUUCAGUCUUCAAACUCCUCCUCACAUUGUCCAAUAAAUCGCUUCAAUCCUCCACUUUUAUCCAAUAUUUACAGCUUUUGGCUACCGCUUUAUGUGCAGGCAAGCUUCAAGACCUUCUUAGCCCGGGUAUUCAAAUUCUCGAUAAGGUCUUCUCUCACAAUGACAAAUCGUCCGUACUAGGUUUCUGCAUGGCAUUGUCAGAGUUACAGUGGUCAGGUAUCGAGCAGUUUAUACUCCCGCCCAUGUCAAAAACAUCAUUUGCUGACAAUCAAUACGAGUUUUACACCCUCCUCGCAACUUUGGCUGAACGUGCGCAGUUACCUUUAACAAGCACAGUCGCACAGCAGCGUUUCCAGGCUUUCUUCAGAACCAUCAACAAGGAUUUGUGCAAAUGCGUUCAAGAUGCUGCCGCUCGUAUCGUCAGCAACACUUCUACCGACGCGCAUAUCGAUCUCUUGUCCAAUGUCGCCAUACUCGUCCACGCUAAUGUCGGUGUUGAAGCUAAGCAGUUCUCUGGGGAAAUUAUGAACCUCUUCGAUUACCUCACUAGUGCUAGCACUGAUGUCAACGUGCAGCAUGAGUUUUCCCACCAUCCUUACAACAAAGUUUGGCUGACGUCGGUCACUAUUUCAAUCAUUGCAAAAUUAGGAAAGGAGGACACAGUUAGGGAGCGUAUCAACGAUAUCGUGUUGCGUUACUCCAAUUACGCAAUGAUAGUAAGGUCUUUGUCACAGUUAUGCGAGCAGGGUGUCUCACCGACGCUGUCAACCGAUGCAAUCAAUCUCCUCAAAAUAAACAUCCUUUCAUACUCAACCGAGCUCAGAGUGUCAUCACUGAAGCUACUCAGUCAGCUCAGAGGCGAGCAAGAAGUCAUUUACGACAAGUGCUUCCAAGUCGACCAAGUUCCGCUUACUAUUGAGAGUUCCCGCGAUCGCAACCUCACACUGCGACGCGUCGGCCAGCAUCUCUUAGCUGCUGAUGCCAGUGAAGAGAGUCGCAAAGUUGGUGCUAUGUUUAUGUUAUCGCAAUUCAAAGUUAAUUUCCGUCCUUUAUACGAACAAGCCUCUGAUUCCCUCGCUGAGUUGAUGGCAGCACAGACAGGAUUGUUGUGGCCUAUCUUUCUCCCAGAGUUGGAAUACGCAGUAGGUGCAUCUCAGAGAAGCAAUGCGAGUGCGCAGGCGCCUAUUUGGAUGCUCAGUGACCAAGCUUUCAAGAGGAGUGACCGGGGUGUACUCAUAGCGGGCGACUACGUCACUGAUGAUAAUCAUUUCAGAUGUACCAAUCUCGAUAAAUGGGACAGGGGACUUGAGAAUGCAUUCAAUGAUCUCAGCAAACCUCUAAGGAGAGCGGCGGAGGCUCAAAAAUCGCUCAAUCGAUUUGAUAUCAACAACUACGAGGAGUUGCUGCUUGAAACUCUCACCAAAUGUGUCGGUGUUGCUGAGCGCAACACUAAAACUCUCAACGUCCUUUUCUUGCGCUUCGCUGACAGGAGUGAGGAACUGGACGACGACGAUGAGAAAGAGCAUCAGUCGCUCAAAAUGCUUAGAAGCCGUCUGAGUGCGUGGCUGAAGCUCUAUUCGGCGUUCAACAACCCCAAAGCUAUGUAUCGUGCGGGAGAUAUGCACGCCCUCUUCCUCGAAUACCUCAGCAAAGGUGAUGCAGGUAUACAGGGUCACGCUCUCAAUUGCAUCCUGACAUGGAAGGAUCUUUCAGUGAAUGCGUACGAGGAAACACUCAAGAAUCUCCUGAAGGAGGGUACAUUUAGGGACGAGCUGACUAACCUCCCGCUUAAUAUCGAGUCGAGUGCUAUUAGUCCUAGUCAUCGAGCGGGGCUUAUUCCGAUCGUUAUUAGAAUGCUCUAUGGUGUUAUGACGUGGCGCAAAGGAAGGAGCUCGGGUAAUCAGGGUGCUGGUGUUCGUAGAGUGGCUGUUCUAACCGCUUUGAGCGAAUGUCUCCCAGAGGAGCUCAGCACGCUCAUUAAACUCAUGACAAGCUCCCUCCAGAAUGCAAUUCCUGCCGUAGGUGAAGAGUUGCAGCUUAAAGAUCUGGACGCCCCGCCAGCUGGUAAACGUCAAAUCGGUUUCCUAAGUCUCCUUGAAGACCUGCUCAAAUAUAUGGGCAAAUCGCUCAUCGCCUAUUGGCCCACUCUGCUUGGAUUGACCUUGGAGUUGACGCACGACGCCCACAGACGGAUAGCUGCGCAUAAGGAAUCUGAUAUGGACGUGGAUGUAGUGGGCGUGGAUAGCCAGGUGGCGCAUCACACACCCUUGCGUAAUGUUAGACUGCUGGGUCUUAAAAGGUUGGGAGACUUCUUCCGCGUCCCGUCUAUCGAAUUCGAUUUUGAUCCUUAUCUCAAAUCUGCAUUCAAAUCGUUUAUCUCGCCGAGAUUGAAGCUGCUCGCUGUCGAAAACACCCAGGCACCCUCAUCGUUGUUAGAGCUGUUUGCUGUUUGGUCAGACUCCGCUGCGUAUAUUCCGUCUUUGCAGAAGUACGACAGCAGACUGCUACCUCAAGCCUUCUCGAUUAUCACUGCAAACAACGUCAAACCUGCUGUUGUAUUGCGAGUGUUCGAUAUAGUCGAUAAUUUGAUCGAGGUGUCCGCUUCAGAUGAGGUGGGAGACGAGACGGAUGAAAGCAGGGCGUUGAGAACGGUCGUGAGGGAGGAGAUUCUCAAACCUAACGUACACCAUCUGUUGGUGUGCCUCACUGACAGGUUUGACAAGUUCGGUAACAGCGGUGUGCGUGACGACAUAUCGAAGCGUCAAAUAGGAAUAUUGUCUCAUAUCGCCAAGUAUGUGCAUGAUCAAGAUCAAGCUAGGAGAGUGCUGGAUUUGCUGCAACCGCUCCUCAGACAGUCUUACAAAGUUGUGAAUGAGAAGAUCAAGACGGAGUUGCUAUCUAUUUAUGCGGAACUGUUGAAACUUGUCCCAGAAUUUCAAGACCCUACUUCACUUUUCCAUACGAGGAACUUCGGUCUGUUCGCUUCACUCUUUUCACUCCUCAGAUCGCGACCAGCUAGGGAUGAGUUGGUCAAGAUUAUGGGCGUGUUUAGCUUGGUUGACACGUCUUUUAUGCGCACUUUCGACCUUGUUACUAGUCUCAACAGCUGGUCAAGCAAACGUAUCGGCGAGCCAGAUUUCGAUAGACGUUUGGCUGCGUUUGCAGCGCUCGAAAGUGAGAGUGGAGGGUUACAAGGCAGAGAUUGGUCUGUUGUUUUGCACAAUAUGCUCUAUUUCAUAGGCGAUCCUGAAGAGAUGUCUAUAAGGUCCUCAGCUUCUAAUGUCAUGAAAGUGUUUGUGCAUGUUGUUGGUGAUAAGGGUGGCGACGAGCUGGAGGAGCUGCUUCUAAGGAUGCUCUACCCCGGCCUGCGUAGGAUUCUCAAAUCCAGACACGAGCUAGUGCGUGUCGAGGUACUCUCUGUCAUCGCUAAGGCCGUCUUUGUGUGCGACAAAAUGGACACUUUCACGCAAAUGCGUCCUUUGCUGAUGGAGGGCGACGAGGAGGCCAACUUUUUUAACAACAUUCAUCACGUGCAGCUGCACAGAAGAAGCAGAGCUCUGCAGCGUCUCGGCGACUUUGCAAUGCAGGGAAAAUUACCAAAUGAUGCGCUUGUGAAGGUGUUCAUACCGAUUGUUGGCCAUUUCGUCUCUGGCGCCACGGAGAAGAAAGAUCACAAUCUCACCACCGAGGCUAUCAAAGCUCUCGGUGCAUGCUCGAGCAGACUGGGGUGGAGUGCUUACAACAAUCUCGUUCGCUCAUAUCUCAAGCUCGCCAAAGCCAAGGACGCCAACGAAAAAGUGUACAUCAGAGCUACUAUGAGCGUUCUUGAGCACUUCCAUUUCAGCAUGUCGGAAGAAGUCAGUGGCGACUAUGAGGAGAAUGAUGAGGAGAAUGAGAGUGAUGACGAAGAUGCACCUCCACAGCAAGCUAGUGCGGCUAAGGUUUCUGACGCAGUCACUAACAGACUCCUCCCUCUUCUCCUUAAAUAUCUCGAGCAGAAGGAUGAGACGGAAGCGAGCAUCCGUAUCCCGAUUGCAGCUGGUUACGUGCGCGUCGCUCUCUUUCUGCCUGCCGAGGUGAAAGAGAUGGAAGUAAACAGGUUAAUUACUGUCCUUGCUCAGGUGUUCAAAAGUAAGGACAGCGAUACGCGUGUGCUGGCAAGAGAGGUUUUGUGCAGGAUCAGCACAAUAGUUGGGCCAGACUAUCUCCCAUCCAUUAUUUCCGCUCUUAAGGAGGCACUUACGCGUGGUGCUCAGCUGCAUGUGUUGUCGUACACUGUACAUUCGGUCAUUGUUCACCUCAUUGGUUCUGAGGCUGGUCGGUAUGAUAAUCUCGAUCUGGUCUCACAGGACAUAGUGUCGAUUAUCACAGAAACAAUAUUUGGGCGCUCAGCGAAAGAUGCGCAGAACGAGGAAUGGAAGACACAGACGAAGGAGGUUAAGUCAGCCAAGAACAAGUCACUCGACACGUAUCAGAUCCUCGCCAGGCUUUGCUCACCAAGUAAGAUGCCAGUGCUGUUGCUGCCCAUUCGCGAUAUGAUCACUGUGUCGGCAAACCAGAAGACUAUUGCGUCAGUUGAUGAAGUACUUCGCAGAAUUAGCUUGGGCGUUAUAUCCAACGCGCAAUUCCAACCAACGGACGUUCUCUCGCUGUGCUACAGUCUCAUCGCUCAAAAGAGCAAAUUCGCCACACCGUCCGAGAAGAAGAAUAGGAAGCGGGAGAAUGUUAAACAAGGUGCGGUAGUGCAGCUGAAGCGGGAUAUUCGUGAAGAGCGCAACUACUUUGAACAGAACUCGCACAAAUUUAUCAAUCUAGGUUUAGAUCUCUUCAACACGUCUUUUAAACGUUCACAAUUUGACUUUAAGAGUGGAGAGCAUCUCGCGCGUCUCGAUCCGCUUGUGAGCGCAGUGGGUAAUGUGCUCUAUACGUCCAACACGGAUACUGUCGUUUUGGGCUUGAAGGCCACUGCCAAUGUAGCGAGGGCGCCGCUGCCGUCGAUUGAGAAUAGCUUGGGUGUGUUCAUCAAGCGGAUUUUUGCAUUGUUGGACGAUUGCGGGGGAACACAAUCAGAACUCGCACAAACUACGCUGCGCACUCUUGCAGUAUUGCUGCGUGAAGUGAAGAAUGCUACGAUCAAGGAGGAGGAGCUUAAGCAUCUACUCAACCUCAUUAAGCCCGAUCUCGAGGAACAUGACCGCCAGCACACGUUAUUCAUUCUCCUUAAAGCCAUCGUUAACAGGAAGCUGAUCGUGCCGGAGAUAUACGAAAUGAUGGAGCGCGUGGCUGAGGUUAUGGUCACUAAUCAGUCUUCCCACGUCAGAGAUCAAUGCCGGAAUAUUUAUUUACAAUUCUUGCUCGAUUAUCCACAAGGCAAGGCGCGCAUUAAGAAGGUGUUCGACUUCCUAGCCAAGAAUCUCAGCUACGUGUAUGAGUCGGGGAGAUUGUCAGUAAUGGAAUUGCUUUCGGUUAUUAUUCAGAAAUUCGAUCAAGAGAAUUUGAGGAAGAAUUCGGAUAUCGUUUUUCUAGGACUAGUGAUGGUACUUGCCAAUGAUGAUUCAGCCGUGUGCAAGGAGAGCGCCAAUGCACUAAUCAAGAGCCUGCUAUCGAUUUACGAUAAAGAUGAAAGAAACAAGGUGGUGGCUAUGAUGCACAGCUGGUCUACUCAGGAUGCUCAACCUAGUUUGCAGAUGCUAUCUGCGCAGCUCGCCGGUAUCUUUGUUGAGUCGAUCGAGAAAGGUAACGGAAAGGGUUAUGUGAACGGAAUAAUUACAGAUUUGAUGCGGUUAAUUGGGGUGGAUGAAUGGCAAGUGCUGUACCACACCCUCAACGCCAUAAUCAAGGUAAUCAACACAUACCCUCACGCGGUGGAUUAUGUAGAGUGGGCUGCUGUCGUGAAUAGUCUCAAUUAUCAGCAUGUGUGGGUGCGCUCCCAGUCAGCAAAGCUGGUUAGUGCCCUUUUCACAAUCACACAGCCUUACACACCUAAACUGGGAACGGGCGGCAUGUUGUCGCUCGAAGGACUAGUCGAGCUGAGUAGAAAAUUCUCAUACGAGCUCCGGUCGAAGCAUCUGGACAAUGACAUGGCGCACCAGGUUGUGAAAAACCUCAUCUUUAUUUCCAGAUGUUUCGCUGGUGUGUCCGUGGAAAAUGAGGAUGGGAAUGGAGAAAAGGCUGUCAAGGCAGCUGAAGAGGGUGAGAAAGAGGAGGAUGACGAUGAGGAUGGGAAGAAAGAGGAGGAGGUAGAAAAGGCGGAGGAGAGUUGGAGGCGCGACCCACUCGGCUGGCUCUUCCGUAAACUGUCCUUCCAAGCCAGGUUGUCAUUCUUCAAACGCUCAUUCGAGGACAAUGUGCAAGACAAGAAAUUGUGGAUCAUGCAACCCACUUUCAUCUGCCAUUGGAUGGGAUACAUGGUAAACACACUGGAUAAAGAUCGGUUGACAGGGUACAUGUAUCAGAUACUUCACCCUCUUGUCAGAAUCACUGGGGAAGAGAAUUUCAAGAGAGAUGCGCAGUUGGAAGAGCUGCAGAAUUUGGCCCAGGAGGUAAUGAAUAUGCUGCAAACCAAGUUAGACAACACGCUCUAUCUGCGCGUUUAUCAGGGUAUUAGGCAGCGCAUGGUGGCUGUUAGAGACGAGCGAAAGACAGUACGCAAGCAGAAUAUGGUCAGGAAUCCUCAACUGGCUGCUCAUCAGAAGAGCAAGCGGUCUGCAUCCAAGGUGGAUUCUAAGAAGAGGAAGAAUAAUCACUUUGCAUCACAAAAGAGAACGAUUUAG